CACACGGGAGGGAGUGCAGAGAAGACAACCUACUACAGCACGUCGUUUAGACCAUACAGAUUUUAUAUUAAGGCAUUGUUUGAUGUGUAUGAAUCAACGAAAACGAAUAUACACGUAUCAUUACAGUUAAUGUUUAAACUCCAGAGACCGUGUCUUUCUACGUUAAGUUGACCUAUGUUCCAACUUUCAAAAGACGAGAAGACAUACACUUGAUGUAUAAGCAUCAGUGCAUGCAGACUGACUAAACUAAACAAGAUGAAACCGUAAUGACGUUAGGGAUAAACAGGUCUGAUAUAGAAUCAGAGCGGAACACGACGUACAGCGACAAUACUGGCUAGAUGUACGGCUGGAGUCAGGAAAUACAUCAAUGAACUUCUGUUACUGACGUCACAUAGAACGUAGAACAGUAUGAAACCUCACGAAUGGAAAUGGCGUUACGCCAUCUUGUUUUGCGACUGUGUACUUGUGUUUGGAGUGUACUUCUGUGUCGACAUGCCGAGCUCUUUACAGGUGGAUUUUGUGGCAGGCGAGGAGAUGCAUUGCCAUGGCAACGAGAGCAUGGAGACCGGCGGGUGCUGUGACACCUGUCUUGGCCUAGGGCCACAACGUUAUAACCUACUUCACUCUUUCCUCUACUGGACAUCUUCUGUAUUAUCUCUUUUAUCAGGAUACUGUAUUGACAGGAUAGGUAAUCGAGUAUCUGCUGUGUUGAUCAUUAUUUUGACAUCCCUUGGGUCUAAUCUGUUUGCUAUUGCUGGUACUCAGCUCCUUCGGAACACCUCUGCCAUGUUCCCUUUGAUGAUAAUCGGACGGAUGCUACUCGGAUUUGGAGAUGGGCCGAUGAGAAUUGUACAGGAUCGUGUGGUAGCUCACUGGUUUGCUGAAGACUCCGUCCUAGCUGUCAGUUUGGUCAUCCUAACACGUAGAGGUGGAACACUGCUUAAUUUCCUAUUAACCGCUAACAUAGCUGUCCAUUUGGGCUUCACUUGGGCCCUGUGGAUUGGCGCUGUUAUUUGUUCACUCGGUAUCAUCGCUGCUUUUGUGAUGGGUUUCCUGGACGUCCGAGGGACCAACAAACUGGACGAUGAAUCGCAAAAACUGAUGGCAAGUAGGCCUAUUAAAAUUAAAGACAUCACCAACAUCCCUAAGACGUUUUGGAUCCACGUAUCCAUGAUUGGAUUUCAUUUCUGUUCAUUCUUCUCAUUUGUAGCCAAUGGAUCACAGUACAUCCAGUUGAGACAUGGCUAUUCUAAAGUUAUGGCAUCCUAUACCACCGGCGCAGCAUAUAUUGGACCCGUGUUCUUCGCGCCUGUUAUAGCUUUAUUACUGAAAAGGAUAGAAUGCAAUGGUCUAAUAGCCACAUUUGUAACAACAUUCAGUAUACCAAUAUAUCUGAUGCUGGCCUACUGUCCAGCGAUACCGCCAGUCGUUCUCACAGUGGCUAUCGGCGCGGUGUAUACAUUUGAUGUUAUUAUAAUGUGGCAAGUAACCAUUAACUUGCUACCUCCCGCUGUGUUCGGGACUGGAGCGGGUAUAGGCGUGUUUGUUAUGAGAUUUUCAAUAGGUCUUAUGAAUCUAGCAGUUGGCUCUAUUGUAGAGGAUACGGCCGAUCGAGGUCACCGAGAGCAGAUCCACGCUUACCAGAACGCCCUUAUGUUGAUGACGGCUGUAUCCGUCCUGUCAGUAGCCUGUGGAGUAUUACUGAACAUACUAGAUAUACGAAACGGUGAUGGUGUCAACAAACGUUUUAUCAAGAACAAACCUGUAGAAAUGUCUGAUACUACAGAACUUGUUGUCGCCGAUAAACUCAGUAAACAGUACAAUAGUAACGACACAGGGGACGGAACUCUCGAGGAACAUUGAUACUAGUUAUAACAUAGGGGACGGUACUCUCGCGGAACAUUGAUACUAGUUAUAACAUAGGGGACGGAACUUUUGAGGAACAUUGAUACUAGUUAUAACAAAGGGGACGGUACUCUCGCGGAACAUUGAUAAUAGUUAUAACAUAGGGGACGGAACUCUCGCGGAACAUUGAUAAUAGUUGUAACAUAGGGGACGGAACUCUCGAGGAACAUUGAUACUAGUUAUAACAUAGGGGACGGAACUCUCGCGGAACAUUGAUACUAGUUAUAACAUAGGGGACGGAACUUUCGAGGAACAUUGAUACUAGUUAUAACAUAGGGGACGGAACUCUCGAGGAACAUUGUUACUAGUUAUAUCUUGAUUAUGCUGGAACUCUAGAGGAACAAUGAUGAUAUUUAUAGCUACGGGGAUGAAACUUUCGAGGAUCAUUAAUAUUGGUUUUAGCUACGGGAAUUGAACUGAAGAGGAACCUUGAUGUUAGUUUUAGCUACAGGGAUGGAACUCUCGAGGACCAUUCAAAACAAUUACAACACUGGAGAGACGCAACUCCGGAGGAGCACUAGUGACAACACUUACACCAGGAAUGGGUGCAUAGGAAAGAAAUCCAGGGAACCUUUAUAAUAAUAAACCGUGGCUUACAAACCACAGCAGUGAUGUGACUUAAACCAGGAGUAAUAGUAUUAUGGACGGAUAAGUGUUUUUGUUUAUAUAUACAGAAAAUAAUGAAAAAGACUCAAUCAAAAUGGAUGAUGUUAAUUUUCAGAACAAACCAUCAUUCUUAUUGAGUUUAUUCAAGCUGAUGUGACACAGUCAAAUCUUUACGGUCUCGCGAUUUGGUGUCGAAUUGUCAUUCUAUAAGGGCAUGGACAGUUUUUGUAGGUCUCCAAAGCACCAAUGAGCAACAAUAACCGUCUUUAUAUUUCUGCUUAAGUCAUUGAAACAUUACAAUUUUAUGAAACAACGACGUGAGAUGUUUUAACACACAUGUUAAAGAGAAAUCAUUUCAAUAUUGUUCACGACUUGUUGUGAAGAAGUUUAAAAGUAUUCAACUCCUCCAGCAGAGCUGGAAUAAUGAAAAACAAAUAAGCAGUGCAUAUAGAUGUAUGUAUUUAUUGGAGUCUGAUAAACAGGUCUCUACGAUACAACAUGUUGGUUUGUGUUUUAAACGUAUAUAAACCAUUAUCUUAUUGACAGGAGCUCUUGCAUGCGUAUUGGUUUUAAGGCAAUGCUUAAUCACACAAGCAAUUCUUACUUAGUAGAUAGGGCACCCGUUUUGUUACCUCUCACCCUAGAGGUAGUUUACCGCAUCAUUGACUGAUGAUACUGAUCAUGGUCAACAAGACUAUGUUUCAAAACUAUCGCCAUAACUACAACCUUUAGAUCAUCAAUCUUUACCCAAAGAGAAGUUUUAGAUAAAAUCUACGAUUCCUCAGGGGGCCUUGCAUUAGUCAUCUAAUGUGGCCAUGCAAUACCGAUUGUCCCUCAACUUUCCGAUCCCAUCGGAUAUUAUUACUGAUUACUGAAACCCAUCUUUUAUUAUUUUAAUUCCUAUAAAAUAUUCUUAUGGAUAAGCCAGAAAGAAACUCAACGAACAAUUUUGAACCUAAUGGUAGGUGGGAGAAAAUCUUACUGUUACUCGGUAAUUUGCUCUUAGGUGAAUACUCAUAAUCACUCGAAGCGGAAUAUCACUCACUAAUGUAUUAAUGAAAUACUAAUAUCAACAAAACGGUUAUGAAAUGAAGCUUUACUUGUUUGUAUGGGGGUUGUGUCCUCGCAAUCGAUAUGAAGACGGGUGCCUAAGGAAACAAACAUUUAAAACAAAUGAGAAAAAAGAAAAAUAUUCAUCGAAUUGGGGCUGCUGAUCCACUUUUGUCUCUUCAAUGAAGUAGGAUAUUCUCUCCCCGCACCGUAAAAAUCCCAAACCCAAAGUGUUUUGUGUGGACAGAAUCAUUCACCGAGAAGCUACUUGAUAUGUCAUUCAUUUAAAGUCUAUUUGAUGUACAAAAUCCAUCAGCGAACAUGUACUUGAUUAACAAAACCAUUUACCGAAAAAGUAUUUGGUGUACACAAUCAUAUUUAUAACAUCUGAAUUGUUAUGGUUAAUCUUGAACUGAGCCAACAUGGCACUUUGAUAAAGUUUAAAGAAAUGGAACCAUAUUUUGGAACACACGGAUGCUUUUGAAAUCGUCCAUUCAGCAUUAUAUUUUCAUCAUCAUUAUUUAAUGAGAUUCAAAUUGAUAUGCAGCACGAUUAUACAUAUACGUUAUACUUCUGAAUUUUAAAUGUUACUUUUUUUGUUUCCAACUUUGAACAAAAUGAGAGAUAUUGUUAAAUCUGCCAUCCGAUAAUUUGUGUGUGGUCAUGUUGGACAAAAUUCCGUGGAUAUAUGUAUAAAAAUGACAACCACGUUAUAAAUUGAGUUGCUGACUUUUACCUACUGUAUUACUGGUUUAUAUGUUAUAUAUUAAAGGGACAGGUCA